GUUGUGAGUAAAAACGAGCACAGAGACGAAGCUCUCACUCAUCUGAGGAAGAAAAGAAGAAGAAGGAGGAGGAGGAGCAUAGAAACAACGCGCAGUAGCAGUACAAUCUGUUUGCUUGCAUAUCUUUUUGCCUCUGAAAGGCUAUUGAUACUUCAAACAAGCUGGUAGAGAACGUCAUUGGCCUUUUCCAUUCUACUACUGGUUAUUUUGGCAUCUAUAGAGUAUUCCAUAAUUUCCAUGGCAGGCAAUGACCUGCCAACUCUGGGUCGUAUCAAGCUUGUUGAUCUAAUUCCAUCUGAAGGCCUUCCUUCUGAUUCCUAUAAAUUAUCGGUUACAACUUUGUCCCAAUCACUAGCUCAUUACUCGGCUGCCAUUAUCCAGCUACCUACCAGUGAUGGUGCUCUUUUAAGGUCUUGUCUUGAGUCUGCCCGACUCUACUUCCACCAAAAGCCUUCCUAUCCUUCUACGGAUGUGAUUCAUCCUGAUGAUUCGCGGGAGUGGUGCAAGACCUCUGGCUACCGUGCAGAUCCUCAACUAUGGCAAGAAACGUAUGAUUUUCGACCAGGACUGACUCCUAUAGAGCCAAGCGAUGGAGUUGAGUUUCCACCAGCUGGUUUAACAGAUGUAUUUGCGUUACUUGGCAAAGCAGCAAGAUAUGUACUGGAUGCCAUUAGUUACUAUUUAAAUCUUCGCAGCUCUCCUUUUACUGAAAUUCUUGAUAAUGUACCCUUGAGAAAUCGGGAAAUAUCAUCCUCAGUUUUAUCUGUUUCAUGUCAUGCAAGGCCUUCUUUUCAGAGUGCUCAGCACCAUAAUCUGACAACUCAAGAGGAUGGUCAGUUAGUUAUGUUCUCAGAUCCUGAGCAUCAGGUUGAUAGAAGCCUUUUAACAUUUGUCAAGACAGACAAGCCAGGCUUACAUGUGAGAGAUUUCCAAGGUCACUGGGUUCUUGUGGAUGGUGAUCUUGGACCCCAAGAAGCAAUUAUUACUACUGGACUUGCUUUGUACCAGGCAACUGCUGGCAAUAUAAGCACUGCUGUUUAUAGGACAGAUAUUGGAAAUCUACAGGGCCAUAUGUAUGGAAGAUGUUCUCUGGCUUUUAAACUUAUGCCUAAAUCCAUGACCAGUCUGAACUGUUCAGAGAUGCGGGCUGCUGGUUAUGGUGUUGAAGCUCAAUUUCAGCUUCCUGUACCUGUAGAUGACUUCAUGCAGAUAUCAACAGAUCAACUACUCAAUAGGAACAACUUUCCCGCUUUCAAUUUUCCCACUGCACAAGAUGGAUCUAUGAAGACACCUGAGACAAGGAGAAGGAAGAAUAACUCAAGAUCUAAACCUCUUCCUCCUUCAAAGAGGUUGCGGCUAGAGGCACAGAGAGUUCUCAAGGAGAGGGUUCAAGAUAUUGCUGAUAAGAAAGGCAUAAAGCUGAGAUUCUGCAACCUGAAGGAUUGCGAGAAUCAUAUUCAGUCCCUUGACAGUCCAUGUGCAUCUGUAAGGAUGGAGAUAGGGUGGCCACCAGGAGUUCCAUUUGCUCAUCCACAUGAUCUUCCAAACAAGGCAAAGAUUGGAUUUCUUGAAACAUAUGAACCUGGUUGGUCUGCAACCCAUGAUAUGGACUUAAGUCUACUCGAAACUGGAGAGCCAAGUCAACACACUCCUCCUAACUGUAACUGAAUCCAUCAGCGGAGUUCUCAGAAUGAGAGUGCCUUUGUUAUGCAGUGCCUGUGUAAAUCCUAGUUAUUUAAUGCUGUUGUAUUUUCACCUUAGGCAUUAACUGAUCAGGAUGUAUUAGAUAGGGUUGAGAGCUUCCUCCUUUUUUUUUUUUGUAUAUUAAAUUUUGGAAUAAUGAUACAAGGUGGUUACUGGUUUAGACUUCCAAUGGUUGUCUAGUAUCUGCUUACUAUUGUUCUGCUGUGUGUUGUAAACUUGUAAUCAAGAAAAUGAUGAAAGUUUUGGACAAA